GGGGGGACGGCUGUGGUGGGGGGGGUUGCUGGGGGGGGGCCGGUCCCUCCUCAGGUGAAGCCGCUGAUGGAGAUGGAGCCGCCGCCGCCGCUGAGUGCCCGGGUCCCGGGUCCGGCCCGAUUGCCGCCGCCUCAGUGACCCCACUCCCCCCGCACUGGGCCGCCCGGGCCAGAGUGGGGGACCCCCGCCGCCCCGCCCCCCUCUUCCCCAACACCGUCCCCUCUCCCUCACCCCCCCCAGCUUGCGCGCGCGCGGAGCUGCUUCAGCAGACUCUAAGAUGGAUAUAGAAGACUGCAAUGGCCGCUCCUAUAUGUCUGGUAGCGGGGACUCAUCUCUGGAGAAGGAGUUCCUUGGGGCCCCGGUGGGGCCCUCGGUGAGCACCCCCAACAGCCAGCACUCUUCUCCCAGCCGCUCACUCAGUGCCAACUCCAUCAAGGUGGAGAUGUACAGCGAUGAGGAGUCGAGCAGACUGCUGGGGCCAGAUGAGCGGCUCCUAGAAAAGGACGACAGUGUGAUCGUGGAAGACUCGUUGUCAGAGCCCCUGGGCUACUGUGAUGGAAGUGGGCCAGAGCCUCACUCCCCCGGGGGCAUCCGGCUGCCCAAUGGCAAGCUCAAAUGUGAUGUCUGCGGCAUGGUCUGUAUCGGACCCAAUGUGCUCAUGGUGCAUAAGCGCAGCCAUACGGGUGAAAGGCCUUUCCACUGCAACCAGUGUGGCGCCUCCUUCACCCAGAAGGGGAACCUGCUGCGCCACAUCAAACUUCACUCUGGGGAGAAGCCUUUCAAAUGUCCCUUCUGUAACUACGCCUGCCGCCGGCGCGAUGCUCUCACUGGCCACCUCCGCACACACUCGGUCUCCUCUCCCACGGUGGGCAAGCCCUACAAGUGUAACUACUGCGGCCGGAGCUACAAACAGCAGAGUACCCUGGAGGAGCACAAAGAGCGGUGCCACAACUACCUACAGAGUCUCAGCACUGAAGCCCAAGCUCUGGCUGGCCAAGCAGGUGAUGAGAUACGUGACCUGGAGAUGGUGCCAGACUCCAUGUUGCACUCAUCCUCUGAGCGGCCAACCUUCAUUGAUCGGCUGGCCAACAGCCUCACCAAACGCAAGCGUUCCACCCCCCAGAAGUUCGUAGGUGAAAAGCAGAUGCGUUUCAGCCUCUCAGACAUCCCCUAUGAUGUGAACUCGGGUGGCUAUGAGAAGGAUGUGGAGUUGGUAGCACAUCAUGGCCUGGAGCCUGGCUUUGGAGGUUCUCUGGCCUUUGUGGGGGCAGAGCAUCUGCGUCCCCUCCGCCUUCCACCUACCAAUUGCAUCUCAGAACUCACACCCGUCAUCAGCUCUGUCUACACCCAGAUGCAGCCCCUCCCCGGCCGACUGGAGCUUCCAGGGUCCCGAGAAGCAGGUGAGGGACCCGAGGACCUGGCCGAUGGAGGUCCCCUCCUCUACCGGGCCCGAGGCCCCCUGACCGACCCUGGGGCAUCCCCCAGCAAUGGCUGCCAAGACUCCACAGAUACAGAGAGCAACCACGAAGAUCGGGUUGGGGGGGUGGUAUCCCUCCCUCAGGGUCCCCCACCCCAGCCACCUCCCACCAUUGUGGUGGGCCGGCCCAGUCCUGCCUACGCCAAAGAGGACCCCAAGCCGCAGGAGGGGUUACUACGGGGCACCCCAGGCCCCUCCAAGGAAGUGCUCCGGGUGGUGGGCGAGAGUGGUGAGCCCGUGAAAGCCUUCAAGUGUGAGCACUGCCGAAUCCUUUUUCUGGACCAUGUCAUGUUCACCAUCCACAUGGGCUGCCAUGGCUUCAGAGACCCUUUCGAGUGUAACAUCUGUGGUUACCACAGCCAGGACCGGUACGAAUUCUCUUCUCACAUUGUCCGGGGGGAGCACAAGGUGGGCUAGCCACCUGCUGCCCUCCCCUCAGUCCGCCACUCCACUGCCCUGCCUACACGAGUCUAGCUCUGUCCCCACUACAUCCCAAGGAGUUUUGCUCGGUAGCCCCCACCACUGGCUACCUGACUUCAUACUUGACCCUGACCCCUCUUCACCUAUUCUCCUCUACCCUGACUGAUUUAAGCAUUGUGAUGAAACAGGCUUUUUUGCUUACAUUUCUCCUUUUCCUCUUCUCCUCUCAUCCCAGCAUAUUCAGAGUUAUUUAUUAAUACAAUUUGUGGAUGUUUCUUUUGCUUUUUUCUCUUAACUUGUAUCAGUCGCUUGCCACUUCCCCCACCCUCCUGCCCACAGUCCCUUUCCACUUUAGACCUCAUUUUUUUUUUCUUUGAUCCAGCUUUCUCUAACAGCCCUAGGGGUAGGAAGCUCCUCUUAGUCCUAAGAGUUCUGAGCUUCUUGUGUUAAUUCCUCACCUUUUGCUUUAUCUGAUUCUUCAGUUUUGAUGCUGAUAGCUCCCUCUGGCCCUCCGUUUGCUCUGUGGCAUUAUAUCUCCUCUCUGGGACCCUCCAACCUGGUACUCCAUACCUCUUGUGCCCUCUCACUUUAGGCAGCUUGCACUAUGCUUGAAAAAAUGAAGCUUUCCUCAUUUGGAAGUAGGAGGGGCUGAAGAAAUUCUCCCCAGGCACUGUGGGACUGAGGGUCCUCUUGAUGUUCCCCUAGUAACGUGAGUUCCCCAAAGCCCACAUUCGGGAAUCUCCCUCUGGGAUGUGAUCUAUCUCUUCUCUCCUCAAACAACCCCUAACACAGCUACUCUCUUCAACCUCCUCGUCUACUCAGUGGUGGUUUUUCUCUCCUUGGAGUGCCCCAAUUUUAUAUUCUCAGGGGCCAAGGCUAGGUCUGCAAUCCUGUCUCUGACACGUUGGGAGCCACAGGUGCCUAAUUGGGAACCAGGGCAUGGGAAGGGGGUGGUUUAAAAUUCUUCUCUUUCUCUUCCACCUCUAAACUUCUUCACUCUAGUGACCUUCCUAGGCUCUCAGGGGCUCCUACAGUCCUUGUCCUAUGAGAAACUAGUGGGUUGCUGCCUGAUGACAAGGGGCAUCUCAACCCCUCAGUCAUGCUGCCUUCUUCUUCUCCCCGCAACCCCCUGCAAGAUUCACCCUCAUUCCCAGGCUUCUGGGCCCUGUUCUUAAGAUCAGCGGCAGGGAGAAAAGGGUGUCUCUUUUCUCUCUUCUAAUUUUCAGUAUAACCAAAAAAUUAUCCCAGGAUGAGGAAGGGCAUUUGCCCCUCACCUUAUUCCAUUCUUGUCCCGGCAAGAAUGGGAUGGGCACAACUGAACUGGGGGUCAUCCUUUACUGCCCCCUUCUAUACUCAGUUCCCAGAUGUAGGGCAGGAGGGGGCACUCUCCUCCUGGCUACAGCAGAGACCCCCUGGCUUUUUGGGUAACCUAGUUAGUGAGAAGGGGGCAGGAGGAGAUAGCUCUACUGCAAGUGGAGGUCUCUUUCUACAAGCGUUUUCUGCCCCCAGGCCACAGCUAUCCCAUUCUCUGCUUCCUUGAGAUUCAAACCAAAGGCUGUUUUUCUAUAUUUAAAGAAAAAAAGAAAAAAAAGAAAGUAAAAACCAAACACAACACCUCACAAGUUGUAACGCUUGGUCCUCUCUCUCUCUCCUUUUCUCUUCCCUUCCAUCUUUCUUUCCAUAUGUCCUUUCCUUAUUGGCUCUUUUGCCUCCUACUUUUCUCACUCCCUAUCAGGGAUAAUUUAGGGGGAUGGUGAAGGGUUGGCUAAGGAACAGACCCUGGGAUUGGGGCUCCAAAGGGCUCUAAGAAGAGUCUACCUUACCCUCUUAUGGGAAGGGAGACCCUAGAAAAACUUCUCCUCUUUUUCCUCCUUUUUCUCCCCCAUUAUGUAGUCUCCCUGAGAGAACCAGAUUGUCAGGAAGGGGCAUUGUGGGUUGAUUGUUCCUCCCAAUGUAGCAAUAAACAGAUGCUGCCAAGGGCAGAGGAUGGGGGAGUUAACUGGAAGGAGAGUGGUCUCUAGAUAAGGGGAGAGUCUUCUCAACAGCACCCUAGGGAACUGGCUCCUUGCUUCAGGAUGGCAGCAGAGCUGAGAUUAAUAUCUAGGGUUCUCCUCAACUGUUCUGGUUAUUGAGCCCCUUCCUGUUAAACUUACCCCUCACCACCUCUUCUGCGUCUGCUGUGUACUUGGUGACACCUCAUAAGGACUAGUCCCUUCUGAGGUAUCAGAGCCUUAGGGUGCCCCCAUCCCCUCCCCCAGUCAGCUCUGGCACCUGUAACCUCCUGGAACAUGAAGGACUAUGCUCUGAGGCUAUACUCUGAGCCCAUGAGAGCAGAGACUGGAAGGGCAAGACCAGGUGCUAAGGAGGGGAGAGAAGGGCACUCUGUCUCUCUCCAGACCAUCACUGCACUUUAACCAGGGUCUUAGGUACAAAAUCCUACUUUCCAGAGCCUUCCAACUCUGGAACCUCAAACAUCCUCAUGCUCUCUCCCAGCUCCUUUUGCAUAAAAAAAAAAAAAAAAAAAAAAGUAAAGAAAAAGAAAAAAAAACCCACAUUGAAACCCACAUGGAGAAAAGAGGUGUUUUCCUUUUAUACUGAUAUUCAAAACCAACACCACACACAAAAAAUUUCUAAAUAGACACUUUUCCAGACCUUUGUUUUUUUUGUGUCAGUGUCCAAGCUGUGGAUGGGAUUUUGUAAUACUUCCAGCAGCUUCUUUCUUUGUGUACAUAAUAUAUAUAUAUUAUAUAUAUUUUUAAUCAGAAGUUAUGAAGAACAAAAAGAAAAAAAAAAUAAAACACAGAAGCAAGUGCAAUACCACCUCUCUUCUCUUUCUCUCCCAGGGUUUCAUUUGUAGCCUAUGCUUGGUGUCUCCUUGGACCUUACCCUUUCACCUCCUCCUCUUCCUUUGGUUUCCUCCAACCCCCUUUUUUAAAGAGUUUUUCUCCUUUCUCAAGGGGAGUUAAACUAGCUUUUGAGACUUAUUGCAAAGCAUUUUGUAUAUGUAAUAUAUUGUAAGUAAAUAUUUGUGUAACGGAGAUAUACUACUGUAAGUUUUGUACUGUACUGGCUGAAGGUCUGUUAUAAAUAAACAUGAGUAAUUUAACACC